AAUUCAUUUAGUAGAUGAGUGGAUGCCAAUCAGAAAGUACUGUAAUCCUUGUUAAAUUUUGGAGGCAAUGGAGCCAGACAAAUCCCUUUUCAUGGAGCGAAACAGUCAUCUCCAUCCUCAGCACUUAUCGGGGUCAUCGUCCCGUCCUGUGCUGUUCCUGCUCAUGGGCAUUGGAAUUGGUUACAUAAUCACCCAGGUUGUUCUAUUGCCCAUCAUUGAUUUUAAGUCGUACUCCAAUCACACGGAAAAAAGAAGUCCCCUUGAUAUAGACUUGAGCGAAAAGGUUCGAGUUUUGUGCUACGUCAGUACAAAACCUCAGAAUCACAAGGAGGGGGCAAAGGCAGUACUCCGCACUUGGGGAAGACGUUGCAACAAGCUCAUAUUUUUCACUAGCAAAGUGGAUCCGGCACUCCCAGGAUCCGUGGCUCUAUCGGACAACUCCCAUCUGCGAGAGUCGUGGAAUAACACCAAGAACGCCCUGAAAUAUCUCUACCAUCACCAUCUGAGCGAUGCCGAUUGGUUCCUGGAGGCGGACGAUCAGACGUUUGUGUUGGUGGAGAAUCUGCGAUAUAUGCUAUAUCCCUUUAGUCCGGAGAUGCCCAUAUAUUUCGGAUCCCCUGGCACUGCGAUGAGUCGGGCUGCUUUGCGGAAGGUCGUAGAGGUUGGUCUGCCGAAUCCCACGAAAUGUGAGGAAAAGGACACGGGAGAAACCUUGGGCAGAUUUAAGGAGUGCCUUGACAAUGCAGACGUGGAGGAGGGAAACUCCAGAGACUCGAAAGGACGUAGGCGCAUGUACCUCAUCGACCCUCAGGCAAGGUCUAAUACGUAUCUGCGCUACGACUCCAAGUUUUGGUACUGGAAGUAUAUAGCCCUGAGGACGCAAGAUGGCAUUUUUGCUUGGUCUGACUACCCCGUAUCCUUUCAUUACGUCAAUCAUCGCUACAUACACGGUUUCGAGUAUAUGAUAUAUCGAUUAAGAUCUUUUGGUCGAAAAAUUCCCGAUGAAUCCCUUCCGAGCCAACUUGUACCCCACAAAUUGAGGGACAAAAAACGACACAGCGGGGAAAACGAAUUUUCAUUAGAUUACGCUUAUUGAUAAACAUUUUUAGAAGUCCAAAUAAAUCAAAAGUAUUUA